GUACGACUGGCGCCGCCACGAAGAAUCUGUACACUUUCCUCAGAAAGAAUGGAUCUGUAUGCCUGACGGCCCGGCUUACGACGAUGACGAUGGGACAGCACGUUGUGUCUUGUGCAACGAAGCUCUCCGACUGCCCUCACACUUCGAAACCCAUAAUUGUGCCAGUUGCCUUACAAACCCGCGUGCCGAACGUACCUUUACGCGCAAAGACAAGCUUCUCCAACAUAUCGCUCAGGUUCACAGGAUCGUCCAAUUCGAGAACGAUAAAAAGCUUAAUUGGUGUCGACCUAUCCAACAUAAGAUCACAAUCACUUGUGGCAUUUGCGGUAUACACCCCACCACUUGGGCAGAGCGCAGUGACCAUCUCGCCAAUCAUUUCGCAGAGGGACAUGGCAUGCAAUUUUGGAUUGGCCCGCCCGGUGGGAUCGUGGCAAACAACGGCGACACUCAACCUGAAGUUCAAGCUAACCAAAGCCAUAGGGAAGAUCUUCUCCAACAGAACCGCACCAUGUGCCCGAUCUGUCCAGAGGUCUUGCCAACGCACUUGGAGGCUUUAUACCACAAGCGUGUGGCGCACAACUACUACUGCAUCACGGAUCAAACCCCUCCGUAUAGCUGUCCAGCUCCAAGAGUAGCUACGCCGCCACCUAAGCCUCGCAAUGAUAUGAGGCAGGUUAGUGACACAACCUUCACAGUCAGCACAAAGAAGCGGGUCGAAGACAAGAGCUCGCUGUCAACAAGCUGGAAGGAGGGUGAUCCGAAUUAUGCAUACACAGGUGGAGGCCCGACUACAGCUUUCAUGCCGAACAACAGCCUCUACACGGCAUCGGCCAUGAACACUAGCACAGUCGGCAGCCAGCCCUCUACUAGAAUGCCUUUCACGAAACCCUCCCACCUGGCCGCCCUCAAAGCCUCUCGCGGAGACGUCGAAUAUCCUACUCGAGGUGCCGAUAGCUUUUCUCUCCCAACUCCUGGCUUCGUCGUCGCUACGCGGCGCAAUCUCACACAGUGGAGGGGACAAGGGGGUGUGCCACAGAAAUUAGUUGGAGAGAGUGGAGCACCGAAGGCGCCAAAUUGGAAGGAAGGCACGGGGAUGAGACUAGCGGGUGAUGGGGAGGUAGGCAAUGGUGGAGGGCCGAGUGGGAGUGGGAACGUGAAGGCGGUUUGGGGGCCAUGGGGGCCGAAGUGAGGGUGUUUUCAAAGCGAGUAUUGGGUUUCUUUUAUGCACGGCCAUUAGCAGUGUAGAUGGGAGGGAAUGCCUUACGAUGUGAUGAAGACCAAAUGGUCAUGAUUUAUGAAUUGUAGAACGGCGUUUCGUAGAUCUCUGUAGGGCUAGAUCACGUGUAUUCACGUGAAAGAUGCCAAGAGAGUGAAUUGUUUAUGCCUUGGAGCCCGAUCUC